UCUCGAGUCGUUCACUCAUCAGCCUGUCCGAACGAUGAAGGCUCUAACGAGAACACCCCUUUCUGCAUGGAAAUGCCCACAAUGCACGCGAUCCCUCUCAACGACAACACGCCAAAUGGCAGUCGGCCCGGAACAUCCACGAUACAUUGAGAUUCCCGAACCACCACAACAGACGGUCCCCUACAACCCACCUGUCAAGGGAGUCUUGCCCAUCCCUCGCAAUGUCUUUGCCGGCACCGCCAAAGAUCUCUCCUCUGACGCGCAGAUUGCUCUUUCAACCAAAGAGCCGGCGCCUGGGAGAAAAGUCGCCCCCCGCAGCCGACAAGAAUGGCAGGUCAAGAUGAGCGAAUUGCGGCGUCAGAAUUUGCGAGAAGGUCUCAAGAGCUUGAAAGCGCGUCAACAGAGUGAACUGCAGCGGGUGUCGAAACGAUCUCAAGCCACGCAAGCCGAGAGGAUGGAACGACUGAAUAGGCCCGAGCGCGAAGACGAACGCUUGACGGCGCCGAGCAACAACCUCAAUCUCGAUGCACUAUUUAAUCAACCCAUUCCCGACCCUACGCGCGAAGAGAGACUAGAGCGGAAGAAAUUGAAUGUCGAAGCCGCGGCUCUGCGGAAGCAAGAACAGCGUCUGGAUGCGUUGCACACGCUAUACAUGAAUGCGAGAGAAUUCAUCGUCACGCCGGAGCAGCUGGACAAGGCUGUCGAUCAAGCGUUUGGCACCCCGGAGAAUCCUAUCCGCUUUGGUAGCAGCAGUAUGGGUUCGUCGGAAAGUUAUCCCCAGUCGAAGAGUAUCUGGGCCGUGGGGAGACCGGACCGUGUGCAGGAUAUGCUGAACCGAGCGAAUGGUGUUCCCGGUAGUAGGGCGAUGGAUAAUGCGGGAGGUUCGGAUGAUAUCAGCAAGGAGAGGAUUCGAAGAAUUGCAGAGUCUCUUACGGGUGGAAAGAUGGAUAAGGCGGCGAGAGUGUAAGCAAGCAUAAGGUAUGGAGAUAGAUUGAAUUGAGUUUUCAUGCUUGUGUGUACAGACAAUGUACCCAUGUAUGUAUGUAUAACAACAACAACGACUGUGUACAUUUGCA